UUGCCCCCCGCCGCCGCCGCCAGCCAUGUGGCCCCCGUCUCGCCCUACAAGCCGGGCCACUCCGUCUUCCCCCUGCCGCCCUCCAGCAUCGGCUACCACGGCUCCAUCGUGGGCGCCUACGCCGGCUACCCCUCCCAGUUCGUGCCCGGGCUGGACCCCACCAAACCGGGCCUGGUGGGCAGCCAGCUGCCGGGGGCUCUGGGGCUGCCGGGCAAACCCCCCAGCUCCAGCCCGCUGACGGGGGCCUCGCCGCCCUCCUUCAUGCAGGGAUUAUGCCGGGACCCCUAUUGCCUGAGCUACCACAGCGCCUCGCACCUGGGCUCCGGCAACUGCUCCAGCUGCGUGCACGACCCCGGCAGCCUGAAGAGCGGAUACCCCUUGGUGUACCCCACGCACCCCCUGCACUCGGUGCACACCACGCUCUCCUCCGGCGGCACCCCCAGCCUGCCCGGCCACCCCCUCUACACCUACGGCUUCAUGCUGCAGAACGACCCCCUGCCCCACAUAUGCAACUGGGUGUCUGCCAGCGGACCCUGCGACAAGAGGUUUGCCACCUCGGAGGAGCUGCUCACCCACCUACGGACCCACACGGCCCUGCCGGGGGCCGAAAAACUCUUGGCGGGUUACCCUACCUCCGGGCUGGGCUCCGCGGCCUCCUGCCACCUCCACCUCCCGCCCGCCGCCCCCGGCAGCCCCAACACCUUACCGGCCUCCCUCUCCUUGAGGAGCCCACACACUUUGGGACUAAACAGGUACCAUCCCUACGGCAAGAGCCACUUGCCCACGGCCGGGGCCCUGCCCGUGCCCUCCUUGCCGGCCGCCGGACCUUACUACUCCCCGUACGCGCUCUACGGCCAAAGACUCACCUCAGCUUCUGCCCUGGGAUAUCAGUAACUACGGCAGCCCCUUCCCCGGCUCCAGCCUCUUCUUCCUCCUCAUCCUCUUCUUCCUCCUCGCUCCCCUCUCCCCCCCCUCCACGCUCCCUCCUCGGACUGUGUAUUUAUUUACUGUAUGUUAGCUUAAAGCUGGGAAUAUAAGUGCAUUAAUACACCCAUGAACCCAUGGUAUGCAAAAAGUCUGUGUCCAAAAAAAAAAAAAAAAA